AUGGAAUUCUCGACCCCCCAGCGAAAUGAAAAGUACGAUUCGGCCAACGUCUCUGGCACCUCCUCCAACACCACCCCAAUCGUAUCAGUCACCGAGGACGCCCACCCCUCGGCCAUACGAAGCCACCGCACCAAGCUCUCGUCCCAGGACAUCAAGCUCAUACUAUACCUCAUCUCGUCCAUCAAGCCUUUCAAGUAUAUUGGUGACCGCUCGCUCAGCCAGACCAAGAAAUGGGAGGCCAUCCAGCAACGGUACGGCCAGAUCAAGCGCAUGGACGGUGAUGCCUCGGAAGCCGUGGUGAUCCCCACCAUCCGGACGUUGCAGAGACAAUUGUCCAGUGCUAUAAAAAAGGCCCUGAUGAAACGACUGGAGAAUAAAAGGUUGGGAAAAUUCUUGUACCAUGAAGAGCAGGAUAUAGAGGCCGAGGAGGCCAGGAUAGACCAGGAAAUCAACAUGGAUAGCGCCUUGCCGGAAUUGGAAAACGCAUUGCUAGAGUUGAACGACCUAAGUGACAGAUACCGUUCUGGCAAAGACGGCAAGUCCCAUAAGGCCGACUCUCCCCGGAUCCGAGACCUCCAUGACCCCCAUAAUGAGCCAGAGGACCACCAGCACCAGCAGGCAACGUUGGGGCUCAUUAGAGCGGAAAUCGAGUCGUUGUUGCCCAAAGACAACGAAAAAUCACACGGCAUCCUCAAAUCGGUGGACUUAAUCCAGACAUUUCUCCAAGAGCUGCUCAAGAUACAAACCAAACUAAACAUGGAGAACGCCGCUAUCCUUGACGAGACUGAGCGUCUUGUCAAAUCGCAGCAGGCCUACGUCAAGAAAGUCCGAGAAUUCAGUGAAAACUACGACAAGAGCUUGGCAGGUCUACGCAACUCAGUGGUGUCUAACGUGGUGGAGUACUUGAUAGAGAUGAAUGAUACCGAGCACACGGAAGCCGUGAGGAAGACCCUCCUCUCCUUGAAGGAGUCUAUCGAGUAG